AUGUUUUAUGAAUCCAUUCAAGAUAUACCAUCAAUAAGUGAAAUGCUACAAAUGAUUAAUGAUGGAAAACUUACCUACAGUGAAGUAAUGGAUUGUAUAUUUCGUAAAACUAUGUCUACACAUGAACCAACUUUUACAUUAACUAUUGAAAUUGAUGAUUUGAAUGAGGAACUUACUAUUUUAUGUGAAGGACCAGAAUGGGAACAGGGUACUACUAUUGAAGAAAUUGUAGCAUAUUUAAGUGAAGUUAAAACAAAAGAUCUUGAACAUAAUGAAAUUGUUAAAAUUACUAUUAAUGAAGCACCUAAACGUCUUAGAAACCAUGAACUAGAAUCACUAGGGAAAGAGAUAGCUACUUUUAUUGAAUUUCUUUUUUCUCAAUUCCCUGUUGCUGAUACUCUUGAUUUAACUUAUCUUGGAACAGGACAAAGUAGUGCUCUACCACUUUUUAUUUUAUAUCGUGUUAGAAGUACAUCAAUUAAAAUUUUCAGUGGUAUAACUAUUGAAAAUAUUAUGGCUUUUUCACUUCUUAAAUCAUUGGCUUUGACAAAUAUUGUUGAUGGACUGGUAAACUUGAAAGAAUAUAUCUUAGAAAUAUCAUCAUUUCCUUUGGAGAAUAUUGAAAUUGUUCGAAAAAGAGUAAACACUUUAUUUAUGUGGUUAUCUAAAAGAAAUGGGUGUUCUCUUACUAUUGUAACAAAUUUAAACUUUCCCAAUGAUAUGUUUUUUAAUAGUAUUAUCUUAGAUAUAGAAAGAAUUAGUCUUCAAGCUAAUAUUAGAACAAAUACAGCAACCAAUGAAAAUUUUCUUACUAAUUUAAUGGAAGUUAAGGCUAAUCAUCUUCCUAAUUAUGUUUACCAUAUUUCUGAUGUUGAGAUGUCAUUUGUUAAAAUACAUGACACAAAAUACUUUGAAAAAUUACUUUCCGUAUGUUGGAAUCUGGAAAAGAUUACACUUAUUAUUACAGAAGAAUUUAUUGAUAACAUAAUGACAGAAGGAAAAUCAAAUGAAGGUGGUAGAACAAUUAUUAAAGAUUCUUUCUCGUAUUGUAGUACUUUGAAAAAUUUAAAAAGUUUCUUUAUUGAUUUUCAAAUUGCAAUUGAUAAGGAUGAUUUGUUAAAAAAAAAUUUUAUUUCUUUUCUUUUCAAUGCAAUCUUAUCAGUUCUGCCAAAUAAUAUAGAAAAUUUAAGCUUGGAGAAAGUUACUUUUUUAAAUGAAGAUAAUGUUAAGAUGAUUAAUACCAAAUCUAAUUCAAUUGAAAGAAUAUCAUUUGCUGGUUGUCGUGAUGUUCCUCAAAAUAUUUUUAUUAAAUUUCCAAAACUUAGACAAAUUUACAUGAUAGGAGAGAUAAGUUUAAGUAUUCCAGAUUCGGUUAAAAUUGUUCUAAUUAAAUAUCCUCCUGAAGAUUUACCAGUUAUUAAUACAAAUGAUCUCGCUAAUGAACGUAAUAGGAAUAAUAUUUCAAAAUAUAGAGAUGACAAUUAUUAUUUUACUAUGUUUGGGCGAUUAUUUAAAACUGUGAUGAGAAAUGAAACUGAAAUGCAACCAUUUUAUAUUGUUUUCCUUGAUGAUGUUCUUCAACAUUCCAACUACGUUAAAUUUAUGAAUAUUUUUCCACUAUCCAAAUACUAG